AUGGCCGAGGAGGCUCGCACAGUGCGGCAUUAUGUGAGUGACUGUCUCGAGAUGCGGUACCCCUAUGAUGCCAGCAAAGGUUUUGCUGGCAUCCACCAGCGCGAAGCGGGCCGCGUAUUCAAUGGCUACGGCCCCUCCGCUGUCGACGACAUGAUGAAUAGCUUGAUGGAUCCCUCCGUGUCUACGGAAGAAAGGACGCGGGCGGCGCAUCUGCUGUACGCCCGCUCCGCGUCGCAGGAGACGAAGAUAGAGAUGCUGAAAAAAGGACUCGUGCCAAUGCUUGUAGCGACGCUGCGGCGCUGCCCCGACCACCUCCUGAAGCAUCAAUGCCUUCUGCUACUGCGCUCUCUGGGGGUCCUCCCACAGGGAUGCUUCGCGCUCGUUCGGGAGGGCGCCAUCUCGGUGGUCGCGGCUGAGCUGCGCACCGACUCACCAUCUGUGGCGUCGUUGGAGGCAGCUCAAGCCUGCUACGUUGCCGCCGCACACGUCCUUUACCAGGUGAGCAGCAACAUGUCUGGGCUGCGGUGGAUGCUGGGGUUGUCCCACGACCCAGCAUUCGAAGGGAUUGAGGCUGCGUUGGUCGAGGAGUUGCUGUCCCCGGAGGCGCUGGUUUCUUUCAUAGCCGGCGGCCUUGCGAGCGAAGCAAUGCCUGCCACGGCCACAGUCUACCUCGUUCAGACCCUCGCACGCUUGACUAGCCUCGAGCGCGGCGUGGAAGCAUUCCUUGCCGUUCCUGGUGCAGUCGACGUCUUGGUCGAGUACCUCAGACGCCUUCCUAAACUUCCCACGCAGGACACCGAGCUUUGCUCGGUGACGCUGGAGGCGAUGUGGAACACGAGUCUCGGACACGUCGGCAGAGCAGCCAUGGAGGAGCGCGGCGUACCGGAUAUCCUUUUUGAACUCCUCGCGACUACCAGCGGGAUCGUCGCUCAGGUGCCUGUGUGCGUGCAGCGGCAGUUGACUGGGGCGCUCUCUGCUGUUUCUCAGCUUACGUCUGUAAAACAACGCAGCACGCAGGCCGUGUCGUCGGCGGAGGCUCGCAUCCGCAUUGUCGUCUUAGUCGACUAUGUCCGCGAGUGGAACACGCUUAUUGCGACGCAGUACACCAACGCAGCCAAGCCGGUCCCGAGCGCCGCCGCUGCGGUGGUGACGAACGUGGUGCAGUGCAUCCGCCUCGCCUCGGAGCUCAAACCGGUGCGGGACCUCACCUACGCCAUUCUGGAUGCCAUGGAACAGGAGGGCACCUCAGAGGCCUUCUACUUCCGCCGCCAGCUCUACUUUCACACAAGAUGGGAAGCCGAGUUCCGCGCAAGUGUCGAGGUGUAG